CGCCCGCCCCGACCAAAGGAGGAAGCAGUGCCUGCCCCGCCCCACGCGGCUUCGGCCCCCGGCCGCCUGACAAGAGGCAGUGAUGGAGAAGGACCCCAGCUGCUAUCAGGAUGCGGCCAAGACAGUGGGUGACGGGCUGGACACCGAGGGGAUGGAGGUGCAGCUGGACGAUUUUGUGGGUGCUCACCCCGACUACAAUGAGGAGGAGGAGGAGCAGAAGUAUUUCCGCCGCAAACGCCUCGGUGUGGUCAAGAAUGUGCUGGCCGCCAGCCUGGCUGGCAUGCUCACCUACGGCGUCUACCUGGGCCUCCUGCAGAUGCAGCUGAUCCUGCACUACGACGAGACCUACCGGGAGGUGAAGUACAGCAACAUACAGCUGGAGGACAUCGACCGCAAGGUGCUGAUGGGCAUCAACAUCACCCCCGUCGCGGCGCUGCUCUACACGCCCGUCCUCAUCAGGUUUUUCGGCACCAAGUGGGCCAUGUUCCUGGCAGUGGGGAUCUACGCCCUCUUCGUCUCCAGCAACUACUGGGAGCGCUACUACACACUGGUACCCUCUGCCGUGGCCAUCGGGGUGGCCAUCGUGCCCCUCUGGGCCUCCAUGGGCAACUACAUCACGCGGAUGGCCCAGAAGUACUACGAGUAUGUCAACUACAAGGAGGAACACGUGCAGGAGCAGCAGCGGGUGCCGCGGGGCGCCUGCAACGCCUACAUCGUUGUCUUCCAGACCAUCUUCUACGUCUGUUUCCACCUGAGCUUCGUCUGCGCUCAGAUGCCCAUGCUCUUCUUCCUCAACAACUACCUCUACCAGCUCAACCACACGCUCUUCGGGGUCAAGCACUGCGGGACCCUGAGCCACGGCAUGCUGCCCGGUUUCAACAAGACAGUGCUGCAGAGCCUGCCCCGCAGCAUCAACCUCAUCGUUGUGGAGAGCGCCCUGAUGGCAGCCGCCUUCCUCGCCAUGCUGGUGGUCCUGGUGCUCUGUGGCUCGGCGUAUCGGCCCACGGAGGAGAUCGACCUGCGCAGCAUUGGCUGGGGGAACAUAUUCCAGCUGCCCUUCAAGCACAUGCGGGACUACCGCUUGCGCCACCUCUUCCCCUCGUUCAUCUACAGUGGCUUCGAGGUGCUCUUCGUCUGCACUGGUUUCUCCCUGAACUACGGCGUGUGUGCCCUGGGGCUGGAGAAGCUGGCAUAUCUCCUCAUGGCCUACGGCUUCUCCGCCUCGGCCUGCUCCAGCCUGGCCCUCUGCAUGCUGCGCCUGCAGCGGCAGAUCCCGCUGCUGGCCGGAGCCCUCAUCCAUGCUGCCCUCCUGGUGACUCUUUUCUGCUGGGCACCCGAGCCCCGGCACCUGGUCCAGGCACCUCUGCUCUACACCAUAGCCGUGCUCUGGGGCACAGGGAGCGCCCUCAACAAGACCAGCAUUAGCAUCCUCCUGGGCAUGAUGUACGAGGACAAGGAACGCCAAGACUUCAUCUUCACCAUCUACCACUGGUGGCAGGCCCUGGCGAUCUUCACCGUCUACCUGUGGUCGGGGCUGCCCAUGAAGGCUAAGCUCUCCAUCAUGCUGCUGACGCUGGCGGUGGCAGUGGGGUCUUACCUCUGGAUGGAGCACAAGCUAGCACAGCACAUGGCAUACCGCCUGCCCCGCAUCCCCCGCCCGCGCCACAAGAUGCGUGGUUACCGCUACUUGGAGGAGGACAACUCUGAUGAGACUGGCUCAGAGGGCGAAGGCAGCAAGGAAAACGAUGACGAGCACCCAGCGGAGGCCACCAGCGGGGACGAGCUGCCAAAAGAUGAUGGGGAACAGCUGGGUUAGAGACCCCAACCAUGUUGCCCCCCCCCCCCCCCCCACGGCUCUCUCAACCUGAGCGGAGGUCCACAGCCCUCCUUGGAGCUGUCCUCACCCCUUCAAGUGGGCCUAAAUCUUCACAGGACACCCUCAGGCCAGGCCUACAGCCCCCACCCAAGCCCACAGCCCCUCAGGCCGGGCCUAGCAACCCCCUGAGGUACAGGCCCAGCCCCCCUUUGCUCCUCUAUAGCUCAAUAAAAGCUCUCCCACCUACCA